GUCCAGUUUAUUUACAUUUAAGGGCAAUUUCCUCUGUUGAAUUUAAUAGUUACUGUAUGGACCAGAGAUUUACAUAUUCUGUGUAAAAAUGAAGUUUUUUUUAACCAAGCAAGUGAAGCAGAUGACCUGAAUUCUGUUUUGCGGUUGAAUGAGAAAUUGGACCAAUUUUGCCUUUUUUUUUUGUUAGCCAUCACCUCAGGUUCUUUGCCCCAGUAGGUCUCCCUAAAUAAGAAUUAUUGUGAACCCAAAUCAGAGGCGCCCAUCAGCCAUUUGCCCCGGAGAGACAAGUGUGAUUUUUGCAUUCACUUAAUUCUGUUCUGCGGUUUCAAUAAAUCCAUAUAAAUUUAUAUAUAUAUUUACAGAAAAACACUCCGUAUUUUAUAAACUUUUCUUUUUCUAGAGAUCUGUUUUUGACAGAUAUUCCAAACUUGAGUGUUUCCGUUCCGUCCUGUUUAUUUUUCCUCCCGACUGUUCUUGUGAAAGGUUUAUUUUAAAUUCCAAGGACUUAUCAACAAAGCAAAUUAUUUUUGUGCAUUUUAUAUCUUUGUAGUAUAAGAUUAUAAUAUAUAUAAAUAUAUUUUGACGUCGAGCUUCGUAAACACAAACAUGGCAACUUCAACCUGGGGACUUAUCAUGAAUAUAGUGAACAGCAUAGUAGGAGUCAGCGUUUUAACAAUGCCGUUCUGUUUCAAGCAGUGCGGGAUUCUCCUGGGCAGUUUACUGCUCAUGCUGUGUUGCUGGAUGACCCAUCAGUCCUGCAUGUUCCUGGUGAAAUCGGCCAGUGUCAGCAAGAGACGGACGUAUGCUGGCCUUGCUUUCCACGCGUACGGAAAAGCCGGGAAAAUGCUCGUGGAGACCAGUAUGAUUGGAUUGAUGCUGGGUACCUGCAUCGCGUUCUACGUCGUCAUCGGAGACCUGGGCUCCGCUUUUUUUGCCCGACUGCUUGGUCUUCAGGUGAGCGAAGGAUUCCGAGUUUUCCUCUUGAUUGCCGUCUCUCUGUGUAUCGUCCUUCCGCUCAGCCUCCAGCGUAAUAUGAUGGCCUCCAUCCAGUCGUUCAGCGCUAUGGCACUCAUGUUCUACACGGUCUUCAUGUUUGUGAUAGUGCUUUCCUCCUUCAAACAUGGCCUCGUCAGCGGGAAGUGGCUGCAGCAGGUCAGUUACGUCCGCUGGGAAGGAAUAUUCCGUUGCAUUCCCAUCUUUGGCAUGUCGUUUGCCUGCCAGUCCCAAGUCCUGCCGACCUACGACAUACUGGACGAGCCCUCUGUUAAAAUAAUGAGCUCCAUCUUUGCAUCAUCCCUGAACGUGGUGACCAUCUUUUAUAUAACUGUUGGCUUCUUCGGCUACGUUAGUUUUACAGAAACCAUUGCCGGAAACGUGCUGGUGAAUUUUAACUCUAACCUGGUGACCGAAAUGAUCCAGGUGGGCUUCAUGAUGUCCGUGGCCGUUGGUUUCCCCAUGAUGAUCUUGCCUUGCCGACAAGCCCUAAACACGCUACUGUUUGAGCAGCAGCAACAAAAGGAUGGCACGUUUGCUGCAGGUGGGUAUAUGCCCCCUUUGCGCUUUAAGGUCCUCACCUUGUCCGUGGUAUUUGGGACCAUGCUGGGAGGAAUACUUAUUCCAAAUGUGGAGACAAUACUUGGUGUCACAGGAGCGACCAUGGGUAGUUUGAUCUGCUUCAUUUGUCCAGCUCUCAUCUACAAGAAGAUCCACAAGAAGGGCCUUUCAUCUCAGUUUAUCCUAGGGGUAGGCCUGGUGAUCCUCGUGAUCAGUACCUACGCAACAAUGGCUGUGUCUACCCAGUCCAAAUCCGGUCGGCAGGACAUUGGUGAAUUAAAAAAUGAUGACAUCAAACUGGACCAGAACCUUCCCAAAAUAUCAGUUGAUAAACCUAAGGUGGAUGAGCCAUCCGAUGAAAUAGACAAACCCAAGCUACCCCCUCAGAAGCCAGAGGUGGAACAACCCCAGAUUAAAGGACCUAUUGAAGUACCCCAGCAGGAAGAAGGCAAGAAGAAAAAGGAGGAGGAUCAGCUUGACCGUCCUAAUCAAGGUGAUAUCGCGGUUCCUGUUGGUGAAGCUCACAGACACGAACCCCCGGUACCACGAGAAGAAGAAGCUGUGGAUGAACGGAAAGAUCUUGAGGAGUCCAACGAGAAGCAGCUCUCACAAGCCAAGGAAGACAAUGCUUUGAAAGAAGCGCAGGGGAAAGGAGAUAUUAAACCCGAGGAGAAAGAGCCUCUUCUACCCAAAGAGGAAAAGAAUGAGCAGGCUCCUCAACAGCCACCACAGAAAGAAGGAGACCACAAGGAGGAGAAGGAUGAUAAUGCCCCGAUUAAGACUGAGCAGAAGGAACAACCUCUAAACAAGGAGGUAGAUUCUGCUGUGAAGAAUAGCGAUGAUGCCUUGGAUCCCAAAAAGAGCUUAGAAGAUAUAGUAGAGAAGGAGAAGAAUGACCUGGCAGAGCUUGAAAAAGCCCUGGAGAAUCAGCUGAAAGAAAGUGAAAAGAAAAGCCUAGUAGCAGCUGAGCUUGAAGGGCGUGAUGAACGCAAUGCAGAACAGAAGGCAGCCGAAAACCAAGAAGCGGCGUUUAGGAGGCUUGCCAAAAACGCUGAGAAGGCAGAGAUCUUGGAUCACGCAAUCUUACUUCAAGUCAUCAAAGAGCAGCAGGUGCAGCAGAAGCGCCUCCUGGAUCAGCAAGAGAAACUCUUGGAAGUGAUCAAAGAACAGCAUAUGGAAAUCCACCAGCAGAAGGAGGAGGACGACGAGCAGCAAGAAAAGCCAGAAGGACAAGCUCCAGAAUUAGCAAGAAGUAAAGAAGAAGUCAAGGCUGGAGGAGUGGAAAUUAAAAAUGUGGAGGAGCAGCGUAAGCCAGGUCUGCAGCUGGAGCCAAAGCAUGAAGCUAGACAGAAUCCAAACGUCCUUGAUAGAGAAGUGAAAUUAACACCGCCGGGUGUUCAGAGGAUAGUAGGACCCCCUGGAGCUCAAAAAGCCAAAGCAGAUCCACCUCAGGGUCCUGCUUCAAAACAAGAUGUCCCAGACGUAAAAAAACAGCCUCAACAUGAAGCAGUUAUCCAGAAGCAAGUUCCUCAAGAGGAAGGUGCACUAAAGGACCAGCACAAAGUCCUACCGAAAAAAGAACAUCUCAAUCAAGAAACAAUUAUUGAUAAGCCCAAAGAUGCUGGGGCCCCGGUGCACUCUCAGGACAAGGUGCAGGAACAGCCAGCAGAGGUUAAACAUAGUGCUAGAACCCUAGUAGCCAAAGUAGUACAACCUGAGAAGAAAGAGCAGGUGGAAAAGGCAGGGCUUCAGCAAGGGGCAAACCAGGUAGAGGUUCAGAGAGUGAACCAAGACAGCCAAGAGCAUGGCCUGGCUCCCAACCCACAGUCAGAAGUAAAACAUGAUCCCCGCCUGGAGGCCAAUGAAUUGGCUGAUGAUACCAAAAUAAGAGCAAAGGAGGAUAUAAGAGGGGGACCAUUAGUUGAAGGAGCACCAGAGCAUGACAAUGGUAAAUCAAACAGAGACCUGAAGCUACAAAAUGACCUGGACCUGAGGAGGAGAAAGAGGGACCUUGGGGCAGAAGAGGAAACUGAGAAAGAUGGUACACAAAUCAUCAGUUUCCAUCCUAUCCCCAACUUGAAAGUGAAUGACCUUCGUGGAGCUUUGGAAACACGGCUCAACCAGGCAGCCGAGGGGGGACUUCAGAUUAUUCACAGCCGGCAAAUAAAACAGUUAACAGAUGAGAAGGAGAGAUGAGAAACAAA